AUGUUGCCUGCAAAGGCCCUCUGCUGCAUGGCUUGCAUCUACAUUGCGCCGCUGAAGGCUCUCGUUCGCGAACGAGUGGAGGACUGGUCUGUAAAGAUUGGACAGAAACUUGGAAAA